AUGAGUUUUGUACUAGAUAUACUGCUCCUCGCCGGUGGCUGGGCGCAUGUACUUGCCGCGCCAUACACCAAAGUCGAAGAAAGCUUCAACCUGCAUGCUACACACGAUAUUCUCAUGUACGGUGUGACACCGGAUGCUCUACCAAAUUAUGACCACUUCACCUUCAGCGGCCCAAUACCCAGAUCCUUCAUUGGGAGCUUGGCGCUCGCGACAAUGUCUCGUCCAGCUUUGCUAGCCGCCAGUUCUCUCGAGCUACUGAAGGACAAGUCGGAUAUGCAGGUCGUAGUGCGCUUGGUGCUGGCGAGCGUUAAUGCCUUCGGGUUGAUGUUGCUACGCCGUGCUACACAACGACGCUUCGGCAGACUUGCCUCGCUCUUCUUCACACUGCUCACUCUAUCGCAAUUCCACGUGUUGUUUUGGAUGGGAAGGACUCUUCCCAAUAUGUUUGCACUCUUUCCCGUCAACUUCGCGCUCUACUUACUCUUCGACCGGGAGAAGAACUCGAUACGUCCGACCAUUCGGCGCCUACACUCUGCAUUCUUCUUGCUUACCUUCGCCGGCGUCGUACUGCGAGCUGAGGUUGUGGCGUUGUUGAUUCCUCUGGCUUUACAGUCGUUGCUCGGCGGCCACGUCUCGUUCUUAAAGCUCAUUCGUACCGGUAUCAUCUCAGCCCUUGUGUCAAUAGGGAUCACUACAUUCAUAGACUCCUACUUUUGGAACACGUACCCUCUAUGGCCAGAAUUCGCCGGGAUAUACUUCAACGUGUACGAGGGCAAGAGCGCAGAGUGGGGUGUAUCCCCUGCGCACGCCUACUUCUCGAGUCACCUCCCGCGACUUCUACUGCUGGGCGUUCCCCUGGCGAUCUUCGGCGCUUUGAUCGACUCAAGAGCGCGGGAAGCUGUGCUGCCGGCGCUUUGCGCUGUCGGCCUGCUGAGCGGGCUUGGUCAUAAGGAGUGGCGGUUCAUCGUGUAUACCGUCCCGAUGUUCAACUUCGCGGCGGCUCGCGGCGCACGUGCUAUAGCCAGCAUGCGCAAGGGCGCUAUCAUCGGACGCAUCGGCUUCUUGAUCGUCAUGGGUGUUCUUGUUGCAAAUACGGCGGCCACCAUCGCCUCGACCAUUGCAGCUUCUGCGAACUACCCGGGCGGCGUCGCGCUCAUGCGCUUCAACAACCUUACGGCAUCCGCUACAAACGUGCAUGUCCAUAUCUCCAACCUUGCCGCCCAGACUGGAUCUUCGCUCUUCCUCCAAACCCACGCGCCACCCUUCCCCACAUACCUCAACUUCACGAACCCCUCCCUCGACACUUGGACGUACAACAAGACAGAGAACCUCUCAGACGACGAUCUUACGCGCGGACCCUUCACGCAUAUCAUCGCAGAAAAGCCACCAUCCAGAUGGUCAUUGUCUUCUCGCUCAUGGAGCGUCGUCGAAACCGUACCUGGCUUCGCCGGAUGGAAGUACAAUCUGGGCGUAAAGAAGUUGAUCGAAGAGUAUGGGUGGAUGGGGCUGUGGGAGGUUGUUCCCCAGGUCAAGACGGAGGAGAAACUGUGGAUCGCCGAAAGAUCUACUUUGCUGUGA